CACAGGUAUAGUCUAUGAAUGCAUUGAUUUCUAAUCAAUUUUUGCUAUACCUCAUCUCAGUUUAUACUUCAUUUCAUAAGUUUAGCAAUCAUGGACAGCGCAACCAACAUCAUUGUUUUCUUCAUUUCUACAUACACAGCUCGGUGUUUUGUUUUCAAUCAAACCACGUUCAAGCGGCACAUUGUCCCCACGGGUGAUCCGUCCUCGGCCAGCCCUCCGAUGUUCGACAAUAGCCCCCUGACCUGGGCGGACUGUUUUCAGGAGUGCCACUAUGCCCCGGGGUGUCAGUCCGUGGUGAUUGAAGGCGAAAACUGUAGGCUGUACACAGACACCGGUAACCAUGGAAACGAUUCCUUCAAUGUCGUCAGCAGUUUGUCCUAUUCGAAUCUUAACGAUUUCACAACUUCGAAAUGCACAGCCAACGGAUAUGUGUACGAUGAUACUUUCUCCAUAUGUUACAAACCAGAGACAACUCUGGCUAACGACACAUACGCACGCCAGUUGUGCCAGCAGUCCGGGGGUAGACUCAUGGUGAUCGACUCGCCGCAAAAACAAAACUUCAUCGGAAAUAUAACACUACCCACCGGACCUGGCGUUACCAACUUCCGAAUUGAUGCUUUUCUCUCUGGCGGUAUCUGGAGGUUUGCAGAUCAAAGGGAAAUCACUACGUUUUACUGGGGGGAUGGAGAACCUACACAUGGCUACCCGACUGUUUGCAUCUCCUUGACCACGUAUAGGUGGAAUGACGUUCAUGUGAAUUAUAAUCAUGCAGUCUUGUGUGAAAAAGUGUUAUAACCGUGCCGAAAAAGACAACCAAUUGAUACCAAUAACGUUACAGUAUCGUCAAGUAAACAGAGAAUGUUAUGAGCGAUGUGUUUUUACCUUAAGCUUUUAAAUUUGAUUUUAUCUUAAAAUUCACUCAUGCAAAUUACAAAAUUGCUGUUUUUUUUUUUUUUUAAAUAUUUCAUAUAAAUAUAUCCACACAAAAUCCACUGAAUACAAAGAAUGGGAUAGGGGGUUCCUUUUUAAUGAUUUAUUGAUUGAGAUUCUGGGACACUGACGAAAGUAUUCCCUACUCCUCAAAUCAGAUAGCCUGUGUGCAUUCCGAAAGAAGGGUGUGUGGAUAAUACAGUAAUACUAGUAUUACAGAUAUAGACUAGGAUAGCACUAAAUUGUAACUUGAUUAAAAGUUCAAAUUGUAGCCCCGUUCCUUAUAACAGAGGUAGAAUAUGAUUAUAAAAUACAGAAAUAUCCAUAGGCCUACCACUUGAGAAAUUUGAUUAACAAUGCUAUUUGUUAUAUUCAGUUAUAUUUGAAACAACUCUGCCCUUAAUAUCCUAUGUAAAUUUUCAAAACUGGACCAGCUUUCGACAGGUCAAUAAUAUUCUCUGAAAUUAGCACAGUUUAUUUUUCACAUUUUUCCGAUUGCAUGUCAAGCAAUAACUUAAACAAAACAGGUAUAUUUUGGAAACUUAAUUAAAGCAAAGAAAUUGAAUGUAAAUAUCAAUAUUUGUUCAUUAAUCAUUUUUAGAGCAUUCAUUUAAACAUAAAACUUACUUGAAAUCCAUUUCUGUUGAAAUUUUGAGUAAUUGAUUGUAUUGUAAGGACAUUUGUGAACUCUCUGUUCAUACAUGUCUUUUAAUACAUCUCAGAAAUUCAAAAGCAGAACUUAAUUAAAUGAUGUAUUGCUCUAAUAAUUUGUUCUAAUCUGAAAUAAUGAAAUAUCCGUUAUAUUUAACGUUUGGGGGCCUACGAUGACAUACAAAUUUCUUGUGAAUAACCUUCUUUAUUAAAUGUGAUAUUAGUUUGUUUGAAUUUGCAAUUUUCGAUGAGCUAUUAAUAUUCUUUAUUUGUGUUAACAUGUAAUCACUAUGUCUAUAUAAAUAAUACAUUCGGCCAAGUUUAAGCAAUGUUUAUACGGCACCUUGACACUGGCAUCAGUUUCUAGGAAUGUAAACUUAUCAGUAAAUCCAUAUAAUUAACCGUUAAUUCAUCUGUCUUUUACAAUUAUCCAUGAAUCAAAGAAUCCUCAUUAUCCCGUAGUGGUAUUUAUAUCUAUGAGGUUAACAUUUCACCUGUUUAUGUAAUUAUGUUGUAUCAGAACGAAGAUAUUUAAUGCCUAAUUACAGUUUACACGCACACAAUGGCUGCUGGAUGGUCAAUAAGAAAUCCACACGACCGUACAACCACUCUGCCGCUUUCUUUUAACGGGCUAAGGGUCAUAGCUAGCU